AAUGGAACUUUCAAGUGGUAUUUUUAGGAAAAAUACCAUCCAGGUAACAUGGAAUGUAAUUUUACUAAGUAUUAAAAAGACAAAGAAGAAUGUUUACUUUAUCAUGAAACACUGCCAGAGAUGUAGGCAGUGAAAUGCAGAGCCAAGAGACGCAACUGCAGCAAGAUCUCUUGCUGUAUUCCUCUUGAAGCUCUAGAGGUAUAAACUCUGCCCUACUAACACGACCAAUUCUUACUCAGUCUGAGUAUUUUUAAUGAACCAAAGAUUGAGUUUCUAUAGUGACAGGCCAAAUGAUAUGACUAGUGUACUUUGGUUUCAACUGUCAUAAAUGUUUUUCAUUACCAGUUACACCCAAAGAAGUUCAAGGUCCACAGACAAUCCACAGCAUCCUGCUGCAGUAAAGUCCUGCCCUGAAUCCUAAUCACUUUGGCCUGGCAGAUGCCUGUUCUCAGAAGAACCAAGUACAACAGCUUCACUCUUUGCCUUAAUAUCCCAGGUUAGGUGUUCUCAGAAACCUGAGGAUGCUUCCAGUAUACAGUUUAAUGCCUCCAAAGCUUAGUAUCUCACCAAUUUCCUUGCCCCGAGGUUGAACAGCAGCUGUGCUCACCAGUACAAGCAAUAUGUGUUCAUUGUUCUACCUGAUAUUAAUGAUACACUGAAGUACUGGCAGUGCAAUGGAAACUUGUUCUGCUCUAACUUGGGCUUCCAGGAGGGCUGGUAGUCAUUAUGCUGAAAGCUUGAUCUCAACGCCUCCUAUUGCUCUGUGGCCCUCAGUGGCUCAUACGUGAAUUAAAGUGGGCAGUGAAGAUUUUAACUACUCCUGUUCUUAUUACUUUAUCUAUAGACAAAGCAAUAAUCUCUCUGCUUAAUUUCAACUGUAUUGAAAGCCAGAGUUCAUCUGGUAACAGUUUUCUGAUACUAAAUGAAUGCAUAUUCAAUGCAAGCCAACUACAGCAUUCACCUUCCAAUUACAGUUUGAAUAGUGGCUUGUGCCUGCUAGAAAAUGAAUUAAAGUGGUAGGUACAGAUGCCUCCAUUCUAGUAAUUUAUACACUGUCCUAGGCUAUCCUGAGGCCCAAACUGUUUCUUACUCAACAGAAAUAUAUUCUUAAUUGCACAUAUAAAUAUUUUAAGUCUCUUGUCACAUAUAGUCAACUCUCAUUUUGAUUUCAUACACCGCAGAUGGGUGUAAGAAUCAGCUUGUUUGUUCAAAAGGACUACAGAGGGUAUGGCUGCAGGUACACUGUUAUAAAUGAUUCAACAGUUUAUUUGUGCUUUAUCUGUUAUUCCAAAUGAUAACAAAGCAAGCCAAACUACCUGGGGAGCUCUUCUCAAACACAGAGAACAGCUGAAAACCCCGGUACUUCAUAUGGAGUGUGGGGGCAAUAGACUGCGCUGACACCGGUUGCAUUGUGUGUCAACAGAGGUGGGGUUUGUAACUAUUGUGCUUCCUCUUUGCAACACAGUAUAAAGGUUUACAGAGCACACACUGCUCUUCACUGCAGCUGCUCUCUGUGCUGACUGAGCUGUUCCAGUUCAGAAGACAAAGAACCCCAAUGGCGUUCUCUACCAGAAGCUCCCAGUGGGGUACAAGCAGCCGCUAUCAGCCCCCAGCACCCAGCAUCAGUGGGUUGACCUCCCGGCAAACAACCAUCCAAAGGAUUCAGGCACCCAGUGUCUAUGGGGGGGCUGGCGGCUAUGGCACCCGUAUAGCCAGCAGCACCAGCUACGGGCAAGGCUUCGGGGGAAACUUCCAGCUGAAUAUUAGUGACAAUGAUGUGCUGCUCACCGGCAAUGAGAAAUCAACAAUGCAAAACCUAAAUGACCGUUUGGCUUCGUACCUGGAAAAGGUGCGCUCGCUAGAAAGGGCGAACUCCCAGAUUGAAAAGCAGAUCAAGGAGUGGUAUGAGAAGAACACCACAGACAUAAGGCAUGACUACAGCUCAUACUUCAAAACCAUUGAAGAGCUCCAGAAUAAGAUUGCUGCCGCACAACUGGAAAAUGCAAGGCUUGUUCUGGAGAUUGAUAAUGCCAAACUGGCUGCUGAUGAUUUUAGACUGAAGUAUGAGAAUGAGCUCUUGCUCAGGCAAAGCGUCGAGAGUGACAUUAACGGCCUGCUACGCGUCCGUGAUGACUUGACUUUGACAAUAUCUGACUUGGAGUCCCAGAUUGAAAGGAUGAAUGAAGAACUGAUUUUCCUUAAGAAGAACCAUGAGGAGGAUGUUGACAGACUGCGCAAACAAGUGGGGGGCUCAGUUAACGUAGAGGUGGAUGCUGCUCCAGGCAUAGAUCUCGCAACUAUGAUGGAAAACAUGAGAAAGCAAUAUGAAGAAAUGGCAGAAAAGAACCGUCAAGAAGCCAAAGAACGGUUUGAAAAGCAGACAGAAGAACUGAACCAGGAAGUAGCGAUCAACUUUGAACAGCUGCAAGCCCAGAGGAGAGAGGUCACUGACCGGAGACAGAUCUUCCAGGGGCUGGAGCUGGAACUACAGUCCCAGCUUAACAUGAAAAAGGCUUUAGAAGACACUCUGGCUGAAACUGAAGCACGUUACAGUUAUCAGCUAGCCCAAAUACAAGAAACAGUUGCCAAUUUAGAGGCCCAACUGAGGCAGCUCCGAGCUGACAUGGAGGGGCAGAAUAACGAGUACAGCGUACUGCUGGACAUCAAGACUCGCCUGGAAAUGGAGAUCGCCACGUACCGCCGGCUGCUGGAAGGAGAGGACAUCGGACAUUUCCAAGUGGAUGUAUCUACAGCAGAGGCUGAGAAAGAAUCAAGUAAAAUUAAGAAGAUCAAGACAAUCGUUGAAGAGGUGGUUGAUGGCAAGGUGGUCUCCUCUCAGGUCAAGGAGUUUGAGGAGAAAAUGUAAAUGGCACCAGCAGAAAGGAGAUGGCCUUGGAACGUCACGGAGCUGAUAUCAAAACUAAAAGACAGACCUGUAUAAAGAAUCCAAUGCAAUUCUCCCUAAAAAACAGAAGGGUUGAAAAGCCAAACUAUGACAUCUCAAUUUCUUUUUUUUUUGUGUGUGUGUGGGAGUGUUAAUAAAAAUCAGUAAGUUACAAAGUACAAGAUUUUGGGUUUACUUACAUAGUGACUAAAUACAUUGAUAAAAACAAAUCAGCAUGCUCUCAGUGUGUACCUGCUUCUAAGAAAGAGAAAAACUGAGGUAUUAGGUUUUUAGUUACAUUUAAAAAUCUGCUCAGUAAAAACUAGAAAGUCAAAUGCCU